AUGAACCAUUCCUCUCUGUCCAACGCCGCCUCUGAACAGGGCCAUGUUCCCAAGGACGACACCUUGGGCGCCAAACCCAUGAAACGUGCAAGCUCAACCAGUCACCGAAUCUCCCCAGACGCCAGCUUCUUGCAAGACGUGGCCCUCGAAAAGCGUUUCACCUUCUGGCCCCUCCUCGGCUACCAGCUUUCCGUCAUGGCCUCGUGGUCCAACUACCUCGUCAUCGCUGGCACCUUCGUCUACGUGGGCGGGCCCGUCGCUCUCAUCUACGGCGCCCUCGUCGUCGGCGUCUUCCAGAUAGCCACCGCCCUAUGCCUGUCGGAGCUGGCCUCGAUAUGGCCGCAUGCGGGCGGCUCCCAAUACUGGAUCACCCAGAUGACGGACCGAAACAGCGGUGCCCUUUUCAGCUACUUGACCGGCUGGAUGAACAUCCUAGCGUAUCUGACGGGAACUGCGGCGUCCAAUUUUGCGGCGGCACAGACGCUAACGGCGCUCGUCACUCUCCUCAACGGGUACGAGUGGCCGCGAUACCAGGUCGUUCUGCUCUACUGGGCAAUCUGCUUGCUGGACAUACCCAUCAACAUCUUACCCAAGUAUUACCCAGCCUUCAACAUCGCGUCGCUGGUGUGGCUCAUGGUCUCGCUAUUCUUGACCGUCGGCAUCUGGGCGUCCGACUUCCACCCUCAGUCGGCCGACUUCGUUUUCAAGACAUUCAUCAACGAAACCGGAUGGUCCAGCAACGCCAUGGUCUUUCUCCUCUCGCUUACCCAGUCGACAUUCGCUGCUACUGGCCUCGAUGCAGUAGUGCACCUUUCGGAAGAAACUAAGAAUCCUAAGAAGACCAUCCCGCUGGUCCUGUCCCUCUCUGUGGCGAUAUCCACCGCCAUGUCGUUCGGGUUUGGCGUCUUUCUGCUGUACUCGAUGGGGAGAUUCGACAAGCUGGUCAACACUACCCUCGGAGCAGUGUACUUGCAGCUCUACGUCAAUGCAAUAGGCCUCAAAGCCGGACUGGCCGUGGCGACGACAAUCAUGGUGCUGCUUGCUAUCUUUGUGGCGUCGCAGGUGAUGACGGCCUCAUCGCGUCUCAUUUGGGCCAUGGCGCGGCAGCAAGGCGUGCCCUUCUCGGCGUACUUCGCACAUGUAGAACCCAAGAUUGACGUCCCUCUUCGUGCCUUGGUCGCCUCGUUCGUGGCCACAUUACUACUAGGGCUCCUCUAUUUGGCCGGUGAUUUGGCGUGGAAUGCUAUCGCGUCCAGUGUCACAGUCUCAUAUCAGCUCGUCUUCAUUGCACCCAUUGUGGUUUUGCUCUGUCGCGGCCGGUCGAUUCUGCCCGACCGCUAUUUUGAUAUUGGCAAGGUGUCGUGGAUUGGGUACUCGCUCAAUAUCUUCGCAGUAGCUUGGGGAAUUUUCAUCAGUGUUAUCUCGCUGUUUCCGAUCUAUCUGCCAGUUACUGGAGAUACCAUGAAUUAUUCCAUUAUCGUGUUUGGUAUCUGGGGGCUCGUGGUUGGUGUCUAUUGGGUGGUUAGUGGUUCUGGUCAGUUCAUCUUUGAUGUUAUUGAUGCAACAGCUGUCUAA